AUGGCCCGUCAAAAAUCCACCACCACCUCCUCCCCCGCCACCCGCAAACCCAAAACCCCCGCCGCCGCCGCCCCCUCACCGCGAAAAGACCGCUCCCUCCGCCCCCGCAGCAACCUCUCCUCCUACGCCGACACCGCCGGCGACUCCUCCACCUCCUCCGACGUCGACCCCGCCGACGAAGACGGCGAAUACUCGCACGACGACCCCGAGCCCGAGGAAGAAGAAGAAGAGGAAGAGGAGGAGGAGGAUGCAGCACCCGCCACCCCGCUCCCCGAGCGCGGCGCAAACGGGACGCGCUCGCUGCGGCCCCGCGCGGCACUGGGACAGCCAGAGGGGCUCAAGGACUAUGUCUCGACAGACGCCGCGCUAGGCCACAAGAAGCGGCCGCGGGCGUCGGCGGCGGGGCCCGCGGUGCAGCGCGUCGCGAAGGGGAAGCGGCUGCCGCCGGGGAAGGCGUGUAUGGCGUGCCGCGCGAGCCGGCGGCGGUGCGACCGCAAGAAGCCGCGGUGCUCCGGGUGCAGCAAGGCGGGCGUCAAGUGUUCUGUGAAAGAGGGGGGCGGAGGCGGUGGCGGUGGAGAGGAGGAGGAGGAUGACGGGGCGUGGGUGGAGGAGGAGAAGGGGACGAUUCGGGGGCAGAUCCGCAGGGGGAUGGAGGAGACGGGGAGGAAGAGGGAGCGCUUUUUGCUCGAGUAUGGGCAUUUGUUUGAGGCGCUGCUGCCGGAGAGUAAUUAUAUUGCGAAGCUGAGGGCGAAGUAUGCGGCCAGGAGUGAGAAGGUGGAGGCGGCGAGUGCUAAUGCUAAUGCUAAUGCUAAUGGCCUGCUGCUGACGCCGGAGGUGAAGGCUGAGGCUGGGGUUGAGGUUAAGGCCGAGGUUGAGGUUAGGGGAGGCGAAGAUAAGCCCGCGGCCGAAGCUGGGUUCGGAGAUGCGGAGGCCAAGCCGGAAUCCAGGACUGAAAUCCAGGUCGAGGACAAGCCCGAGGUCACCACCGAAGUCGGGGCCGAAGUCAAAGCCGCGGGCUCCGAGCCUACCGCAGCACCACCACCAACGGAACUCCGUGCCGUCCCCUACAAGCUUCUCGAGAAGCAGCCUCCCAAUGUCACCGCCACCAUGAAAGGCUACCAGCUCUCCGGGCUCUCUUUCCUCGUCUGGCUGUACAACAACGGCUCCUCCGGCAUCCUCGGCGACGAAAUGGGGCUCGGAAAGACCCUGCAGACGCUCUCCUUAUUUUCAUACCUGACCACCUUCCACCCCUGCCCCGCCGACCAGCAGCGCCCCUUCCUCGUCGUCUGCCCCCUCUCCGUCGUCUCCUCCUGGGUAUCCGAAUGCAAAAAGUGGACCCCGCACCUGCGCGUCCUGCGCCUGCAUGGGCCCGCCGAGGAGCGCGACCGCCUCAAGAAGGUUGCCGAAACCGGCGAAACCUUUGGCCUUGACGCUGAUGAUGAUGCAAACAGUGACCGCGGCUACGACGUGGUUAUUACUAGUUAUGAGGUGUUUGAGCGCGAGAAGCAGUGGUUCCGCCGCGCAUUCGUCUGGCGCUACGUCGUCCUCGACGAGGGCCACAAGAUCAAGAACGAAAAGACCAACGUCGCCUCCGCGCUGCAGGGCCUCAGCGCCGAGUAUAGGCUAAUCCUCACGGGGACGCCGCUGCAGAACAAUCUCACGGAGCUGUGGGCGCUGAUCCACUGGCUGUUCCCCGAGGUGUUCAACGUCAACACGAGCAAAGUCUUCUCCGACGCGUUUGACCUGACGGCGGGCAAGAAUGAUCUCAAGGUGAUGGACAAUGCGCGCCGGCUGCUGGAGCUGAUCAUGCUGCGGCGCAUGAAGGAGAGUAAGGGCGUGAACCUGGGGCUGCCGAAGAAGACGGAGGUGAUAUUGUAUCUGCCGCUUGUGCCGAUGCAGCGGUUUUGGUAUAAGAGGCUGCUGACGAGGCUGGAUAAGGGUGUGCUGGAGCAGGUGUUUCGCGAGGCGAAGGAGAAGGCGGUUGAGGAGGAGAAGGAGGCGGAUGACCACCACCGUGGGAAGGAGGGGAUUGUGGCGGAUAGGGAUCUGGAGAAUCUGGGCGUGGGGGAUGAGCAGUGGGGGGAGACGAGGAUGAUUGUGGAGAAGGCGAUUAAGGAGAAGCAGGGGACGCAGUGGCAGAAGUUGAUGAAUCUGUUGAUGCAGCUGCGGAAGUGCUGUUCCCACCCGUACCUGCUCCCAAAUGCAGAACCGUCACCGCCUAUCAAUGGCCCGCACGUCAUCCUGGCGUCGUCAAAGUUCAUCCUGCUUGACAAGCUGAUCGACGAGCUCUGUCUCAGGCGCGGCCAAAAGGUCCUCCUCUUCUCCGGCUUCACUAAGAUGCUCGACAUCUGCGAGGACCUCAUGCAGCUCAAGGGCGGCGACGGCACAAAGUUCAAGUACGGCCGCCUCGACGGCAUGACUGCGCGUGCCCGCCGCAAUCUUGCUAUCAGGCUGUUUAAUAACGAUCCUGACUACAAGGUGAUGCUAAUCUCGACGCGCGCCGGCGGGCUGGGUAUCAACUUGGCAAGUGCAAGUAAUGUGGUUAUGCUAGACAGCGACUGGAACCCGCAGGCAGACCUGCAGGCGCAGGCGCGCGCGCACCGGAUCGGGCAGACGCAGGAGGUGACCGUGUACCGGCUCAUCACGCAGGGCACGGUGGAGGAGCAGAUGAUGGGGCGGAUCCGCAAGAAGCUGUACCUGUCCGCGAAGGUGACAGAGUCGAUGCGCGACAUCCACACGUCAACCUCUUCAGUCAACGCCGCGUCGAGCGCAGAGGACAACAUGCCGAACCUGACGACCUCGCAGCUCAUGAGUCUUGUGCGCUCCGGCUCGCGGGCCAUCGCGCGCGAGGAGAUCGACCCGACUGAGAUGCUCAAGUGGGACUGGGCAACCACGAUCAAGAAGUGCACCGAGUACUCUCAGAAGCUGCAGCACGAGGAGACCGCGCAGGAGGCAGCCGACAACGAGGAGGAGGAGAAGCGCUGGCUCUCGGAGAUGGAGAAAGUCGAGACGCGAGUGUUUGAGGGCAAGAACCACGUUCGCAACACACAGCGCGACAGCAACCACGAGAUCUCAGCUGAAUGGACGCGCGAGUCGCGCCGCCUGGGCAUGGAGCGCGUGGUGAUGGUGGACGGCCACCCGGUGCUCAAAGAGACGAUUGGCAACAACGCCUGGGAGGCCGUCGCAACCCUCAGCGGAAAAGACCCACGGCUCGCGGAGCCGCCAAAGCGCAAGCGCCGCGCAAUGGACCACCAAGACUACUGCCAGAUCUGCUACGACGGCGGCGAGCUCACGCUGUGCUCGGGGUGCCCGCGCACCUACCACUACGGCUGCCUCACGCGCGAGUUCCAGCUGCGCAGCAAGUCAAAGAUGGGCCAGUUCUACUGCCCGCAGCACCAGUGCGCCGACUGCUCACAGAAGACCACCAACGCGGGCGGGAUGCUCUUCCGCUGCCGGUGGUGCCAGAGCGCGUACUGCGAGGACUGCAUCGACUUUGACAAGAUCGACCUUCUCGGCGAGUCGCUCGUCGAGUAUGAGAACCUGGGGCUGGAGCCGAGUAGUCAGGCGUUCUACAUCAAGUGCGAGAGCUGCAUCGAGUACCACGCCGGCGACGAGGAGAGCCGCCGCGUGUGCGAGGACAUGGAGCGCGAGUGGACGCAGAUCAGCGAGGUGAUCCGUAUCCAGGAGGCGGAGGCGGCGGCGAAGGCGGCGGCGGCGAGGGAGCUGGAGGAGGUGGCGGAUAUGACGGAGGGGACGACGGCGCCCGGGUCAGAGGGCGUGUUGACGCCUGCGGAGGGCGAGUUUGAGCAGGUUACGACGCUGGGGGCCGCGGCGGCGCUGGGCAAGGGGAAGAGGGGGAGGAGGAGGACGGUGGAGGUUGCGGCGGCGCAGGAGGUGGGGGGAGGGGGAUGA